ACUGAGAGAUGUAGUGGGUAGCGUACAGCUAGCAGGCUGUGUCGUCCACCAGUGCAAGUUCAGUAGAUACUCCUAGGACAUACAUUGGUCCUGCUUACCAUUCUUUCAUUAAUAUCCCUUUCUUGCGACAUGCGCGCCUGUCCUCUGUGCCCUUCCUCCCCUUAGCGAGCAGCCGCAGUUUGGCAGAUAUGGCUGCUACCUUGCUAGUUUAGCUUAACUAGCAGCGGAGCGUCCUCACCGGCGCUGAGGAGAGCGAGCAUCCCCCCGUCCCCACUGCAUAACGCAACCUUUUUCCAUCCCUUGAUGUUUUGAGGGUUCUCCUGCAUAUCUGUACUGUAGACGCAUCACAUGCAAAGAUGUAUCAACUUCCUGUGAACAACCUGACAAGAAUCAGGAAAGCCAGGAAAGAAGUGAAGCGGGCACUUGAAGACAUUGGAUUGGACUUCUGCAAGGAAGUGGCAGAGGAAUUCAAAGACUUUUCCCCUGAUGAGGAGGUGGUGAGAGACAGUUUUUAUGUUGACCUCUGUGGAUGGGAUCCUUCAUACUCCAAAAAACAGGAAUACCGAUCAAAGCCAUUCUGCUGCACCGAGUGCCCGUUCUCUUCCAAAUAUUACUCAGGCUACAAGAAUCACUUCCGCAGCGUGCACAGGAAAACCUUUGAAAAAAUCCUCAUCAACUGUCCAUACUGCACGUUCAUUGCAAGCAAAAGAAUUGUGGAGACGCAUGUUAAAAUCUUUCACAUACCCAACUCGGCGCGGCAGAGUUAUGGCAACACACAGGGAACUUUGCUCGUAAGGAAGGGAGAUGGAGUGGAGAAACCAAUGUACUUUUGCAAAAAAUGCAAGUAUCGUGACUCUUUAUACAACGUUGUGAGGAGGCACAUCUACAGGGAACACUUUCAGCAUAUUGUCGCACCAUAUUUUGGCAUGGUUACUGAAUCGUCUCUUAAAAAUGGCGCGAAUCCGGUCAGUGGCAACAACAUAUUCUGCAAACGCUGCCAGUUUACUACUCGUAACUAUGAGGUGCUAGUUCAGCAUGUUGUAGAGUACCACGAGCGCAUUGGGGCUCAAGUAACAACCAUGAUCGGGCAUGCUAACAUUACUGUGUCCAGACCUCAAGGCUCAGCAAUGAUGUCCCAGAAGGCUCCUCUGGCUCUUGGCCGGGGCCAAGCACUUAGAUCUGAUCCAAUAACCCAGCCAGUGAUUGGCUAUUUGAAGCCAGUGGCUCCUGUUAAAAGUCAUUCCUCCACGGCAGCCGGUCAGGUGCGCGUCUCAAUACCUAGCAACAGCACUGCAGCUGAUAACAGUGUAGCAGGUGUGAACACAUCACAGACACAAAAGUGGAAGAUCUGCACAGUUUGCAAUGAGCUAUUUCCUGAAAACCUGUACAGUGCUCACUUUGAAAGUGCGCACAAGGCGAAAAAAAUAUGGGCGCUGGCCAAGUACAUCAUGAAAAUCCACAACUUCACCUCCAAGUGUCUGCUUUGCAAUCGCUACCUGCCCAGCGACACCCUGCUGAACCACAUGCUGAUCCACGGCUUAACCUGUCCGCAGUGUCACUGCGUUUUCCACAACGUCGAGAAAAUGAUGGAACACGUGGCCCAGACCCACCCCGAUGAGUUUUCCGGACCGCCUGGCGCAGCACCUCUGACCUUUGACCUGACCAUCAAACAAGACAAAUCCUGUAAUGUUCAGCUUGCCGUUCUCACUUUUAACAUGAAGGAACCGGUCAAUGGUCAAGAUCAGCCAGCAUCUGGUCAGCCUGUCCUCCCACCUGUUGUCAAGCUGCCCACUUCCAGGAUGCUGGAGAAGAAAAACGACUCGCUCGGCCGAGGCUUCUCCUCCCUACUGCAAGCGGGUGAGGUUGGCAAAACUGUGUGUCCGCUGUGUUUCUCCAUCCUCAAAGGUCCAAUCAGUGAUGCUUUGGCCAUGCAUCUGAGGGAGCGGCAUCAGGUGCUGCAAACAAUGCAUCCUGUUGAAAAGAAGUUGACAUACAAGUGCAUUCAUUGCUUGGGGGUGUACACCAGUAAUAUGGUUGCAUCCACAAUCACAUUGCACCUUGUACAGUGCAGGGCUGUAGGGAGGUCCCAGGCCACCUCCGGCUUCAAGUCUGCCCUGACUCUCAACUCGUCCGGGGCAGGAUUUCUCAAGAGGCAGCUACCCACACUGCCUGUUACCAACGCGAAGAAGAUGAAGCUUGCCAAGGACUCAAAGGUUCCUGGACAUCCUGCUGGGUCCGAGGACUUUGCUCUGGAUCCUCGAAGCUAUGAACACAAGACUUAUGAGGCCAGGAAAAACUUCCUGACGGCCUACUUCAACAGGAGGCCCUACCUUUCUUCCCAGGAAGAAGAGAAGCUUUCUGCUAGUCUGUGGCUGUGGAAGUCUGACAUCGCCAGCCACUUUGCAGUAAAGCGAAAGGUGUGCGAGACGAGCUGUGCGAGCAAGAAGGUGUCAGUACUGCUCGGCUUCGACAUGCAAGCUUUAAAGAAAGUCAAACAUGGCUUGAUUUUCUCAAGUAGCAAGGCUGAUGGCACUUCAGCCGCGCCAUCUGUAGCCUUUAAAACUAAAAAUACCCCAAACCAAAUCAAGAGGGAUACGACAUUAAAAAGUAUCCCGAAACUCACUACGUGCACGGAGCCCAUUUCACUAGACUCUGACAAUGAAAUGGAAACAACGGUUAAACCUACCGAGAACGGCGAUGUGGAAAACAACCAGCCUGAGAGUGGAGCUCAUGAGGAGCCUGCAAACCCCACGAAUGACACUCCGUCUGCAGACUCCACAGAUGACACUCAGCCUGCCGAAGAAGAAGAUACUUUGAUGAACCAGGAGAGCGCUUUGCCCGAGGAGGAAACAAACACCUGUGUGAGCCUCUUUUAAGGUUAGGAUUGUGUGCCUUGGUUAAAGCAGCAGUUCAGUUAUAAACACGACAAAUUCCAUUAGAGUUUCAAAUCUGCUCAAGGCAGUUUCAAGUAUGAAAUGGCAUGGGUCACUAAAACAAUUCCAAAUGUGCGAGUUACGGUAAAGAAGAAAGACUUACUACAUUAUAGCGCAUCAGUACACAACUGUGAGUGACAUUGUAUAUACUUGAGACAUUGUUCUGUUGGGUUCUCCAUGUAGUUCGUGUUACUCACUGAUUGACUGUCACAACACGUGAAGCAGUUCUACCAACUGACCUAUUUCCAUAUUUCUUUAUCCUCCUCAGCUGUGACAAAUGUAUAUUUUCAUUUCAUAUUUAGAAUGUGUAGAAUAUGCUAAUUGAUUCUGUAUACGUUUUAAUAAAUUUGUUUGUCUAAUAAAAGACCAUUUUAACGGCC